AUGGCAUCGGAAUUUCUUCUCUGGACUGCGGAAAGGCCUGCUGACGGAUUCACCACGUUGAUCGCUACGAAUGCAAGACAAUUCUUGUAUGCUGGAAUUGUUGCCGUCUUAUUCGCUUGGCUUCUGGCCACCAAGUGGAUCAAGCGCAACAAGUCAAUUGUACGGAGGGAAAAGUCACCGGAUCUCGAGAAACCCAUUCCCAGGAAAGGAAAUAUAUCUAAGGCUCCUGGAGUAUGGACACCUGUUGAAUUUAAACGACCGGAAGCAAUUCCCUACCCGGCCUGGGACGUACACAAGACAGACCCGCUGCCAUAUAGACCAUUCAGGCAUGGCCCGUACCACAUCACUAUGGGUCUGCGGACGAUGCAAUGGGAUGACUGGAUCGAGCUGGAUAAUCAUUACCUGAAAUUCCAUGCCGACAAAGCACGGAGGAUAGAAGAAAGAGGCGAGAAAUGCUGUCGUACAGCGCCUGAGGCAUAUGAUGGUGCUGUGGAGCUCCUUGAAGAACUCUGCGAUUACCUCUCUCAGCGAUACCCCACCCUCUAUCGCAAGACUGUCGUGGGUCUGGACAACCUCGCCACGGGUGAAACGUUCAACAUUCUCCAACGCCCCCUCCCAGAGGACCCUAUGGCAAUCUGUGCCCGACUCGUACAAGAUGAUCUAGCUAUAAUGUUCGAGAAGCCGGACGGGCAAUACUAUCUUCUGGCAGGAGCUAUCCUGCUUGCUGGGUUUUGGCGCCUCAGCGACAAAUUCGGCAUGCCUCUGUCCGAGAUUCACACGAGCGGCGACGUUCCUGGCUUCAAGACCAAGCUCGAAAAGGGCAUGACUAAUUUCUUUCGAAGAAUUAAAUGCGAUAAUCCUGUAUUACGGAACAACUACUUCAUGCAGGUUGAUGAUGACUUGGCCUGGAGCCAUAGCAUAGGCCCCGAGGAUGGGGAUGGUCUACAAGCUGCAGGAUGGAGUACUGCGGCAAAAGAUAAAACGAUCGAACAUCACCAUUUUAGAAGCGAGAGGCAGUCUCUGCGACGUUUGCCGCGUAGUGGAGGCGUUGUGUUUACCAUUAGAACCUAUUUCGAGCCUGUCACUGCGAUUGCCAAGGAGCCUGGUGUUCCUGGGAGAUUGGCGAGUGCUGUAAGAAGCUGGGGAGACGACGUCUCGAAGUACAAGGGGAAGGAGAGGUAUCAGGAUGUCCUGCUGGAAUAUCUCGAUGGAGAGCACAAGCGGCAGCUUGAGGAAGGAAUCACGACAGAGGAUGAUGAGAAUGGGAGAUACCCAUUCUAG